UAGGACUUCGGUGGAGAUGCUGUUCUUGCAGUUGAGCGUUAAAUUGACACUCGUACUGAUUGAAUGACAGCAAAUCUGCCUCUACAUUUUAAACGGGUUAGUGGAGAUUAAGACGUUUUGUUUACUUUUUGAAGCCAUAGCCUAUUCGCUCUCUCGUGUAUUACAGUAUUAAUGAACACGGGUUUAAUGUUUCGACUGCAAAAGUAGACCAACAAAAUUUAUCCAGACAUGAGGGCGCAUCGGGAAACCGCAAAUUCACCAGGAGUACUGCUCACGUUUAUUUUUGUUUUAAUUUUAUUUUCCUUGGUGGACGCAUCAGACUCUGUGUAUUAUGGACAUGUUGUGGAAAAUGCACCGGCGCAGACUCUAGUGGACGAGUUACUUCUACCUGUUGGAGAAAAAUGCCGUGAUUCUAUCAAAGAAUCGGGACACUGUGUGGCAUUAAAAGGAGAAGGCGCGUCUGAUUUUCGUUUUGUUUACAAGCCCGAACAAGGACAACUCUUUUUGAAAACCACUAAAACUUUGGACAGGGAAGAAAUCUCAAUGUACAUCUUAAGCGCUGUAUGGUCUGGCUGUUUCAAUAACACCCUGGAAAUAAAAAUCACAGUGCUUGACUUGAACGACAACAUGCCUCAAUUCAUCAGUAAAAAUGAAAUGAUAGAAGUCAACGAACUCACCCCAAUAGGUUCCGAACUGGUUCGCUUUUUUGCAAAGGAUAGAGACAGUGGGCAUAACAGCGAAAUCACUUAUUACGCACUCCCACAAAAUGAAAAUAUAUUUGUCAUUCCCAAAACUGGGCAGGUGAUGCUGGUUAAUUCUCUUAAGGGUGUGAAUAAUAUCACCAUUCACAUUGUUGCAAAAGACAACGGAAGCGUAGCGCUAGAAAGCGAGCCGGCGAUACUUGUAAUUGAUGUUGGGGCUUCUCUCUUUAAAGUUAGGAAGCCGCGAGCGGUUUCCGAGGAACUGUUUUACACCGUAACGGUUUCCGAAGAUGUGAAAGUCGGAGAUAUGAUUUUUACAGUUCCUGAUAUGAAGUUUGAGAAGAGGUGGUUCGAGGUUAUCUCCGAAGCAGAUUCUCCUGUCCAGAUCGAACGAGACUCGGGUCGGCUCUACAUGGCUCAGAGCUUGAAGAGCCCGGCGGACGUGAUGAUUAAAGUCCAGAACCUAAAAGGAGAUGACUGGUACCUGUGCCGGCUGACCCUGAACGUGCCCACCGUGUCAGACCUGCAGUGGGCCAUGUUCCCGUUCCCUUACCUGGCGGCGGUGGCGCCCGACGCGGCCGCGGGCUCCGUGGCGUACCGGCUCUCGGCCCGAAACGGCGACGGGACCCUGGGGGCCGCCCGCUUCCUGCUGCUGGAGGGCGGGGAGGAGCACUUCGAGGUGGACGGAGGCUCGGGGGAGAUCAGGACCACCGGCCGACCUCUGACCCCCAACAAGGAGUACGUCCUGACGGUCCAGGCGGUGGACAAGCAGGGGAGGAAAGGCCCGCACGCAGCCGUGUCAAUCCUGGCCGGGCUCCGCCCCCCGCAGUUCACCAACGCCUCCUACACCGUGUUUGUCCCGGAGAGCACAGGAGCAGGACAAGCUGUUGCAGUGGUGCAAGCCAUCUCCUUCCAGCGUAAGAGUCUCUCCUACCUGCUGCUGGUGAACCCCAGCAACCUGUUCAGUGUCAACCAGGAGAGCGGUGCUGUGAGCCUGACGCGGGCUGUGGACUACGAGAGCGGCCAUCACCUCCAUCACCUGCAAGUGCGGGCGUCAGAGCCAGGCACCGGGCUGAGCACAGUGGCAGAGGUGGUGGUGCACAUCAGCGAUGAGAACGACUGCACCCCGGAAUUCAUGCAUUCCAUCUACAGCCGGGACAACAUUCCGGAAGCCACCCCCCCUGGGACAUCCCUGUUGCAAGUUCUAGCCAGGGACUGCGACACGGGGCAGAACUCGGAGAUCGCCUACUUCAUCCAGAGCCUGGACUUCGACAUCACGGCGCAGGGCGUGGUCAGCCCCAGGCAGCGCCUGGACUACGAGCGGCCCAACCACAUGUACGAGUUCGUGGUGGUGGCCGUGGACAGGGGCAGCCCGCCCCGGACGGGCACCGCCUCCGUCAGGAUCCGCAUGGCCAACGCCAACGACGAGGCACCCGUCUUCUCCCAGGCAGCCUAUAAGACCUUCCUGUCCGAGGACGCCGGGCCAGACACGCUCGUGGCUAUCGUCCACGCCAAGGACCCAGAUGGAGACGGGGUGACUUACGCCAUCACAGGAGGCAACGAGGACAGCAACUUCGAGCUGGACAACCAGAAAGGGAUCGUCAAGCUGAGGAGGAGCCCCCCGCCCCAGCUGCGGGGGCCCCAGUACGUCCUGAACAUCACGGCCACCGACGACAACGCCUCCGGCGGGCCGCACCCCCUCAGCAGCUCCGCCCAGAUCAUCGUGGGCAUCAACGACAUCAACAACAACAAGCCCGUCUUCGAGGAGUGUCACAACUACAGCAUCAACGCCUGGGUCCUGGAGAACCAGCCUCCCGGAACGUUCGUCCUGAGGGUGCAGGCCCACGACGCCGACAUCGGGCUCAACGGCGAGGUCAAGUACGGCAUCAUGCACCGGGACGGCGCGUCCUCUGGGUUUGCCAUCGAUUCCGACACAGGUGUGAUCAGCAGCACAGUGAGCUUCGACCGCGAGAAGCAGCGGGAGUACACCCUGUCCGUCACCGCCACUGACCUCGCCCAGGAGCCCCUGAUCGGCAUCUGCCAGAUCACCGUCCUCAUCGCCGACCAGAACGACAACGACCCCAAGUUCGAGAACAGUCGCUACCAGUACUUCCUGCGCGAGGACACGCCCGUGGGGACCAGCUUCCUGCGAGCGGCCGCGCACGACGACGACCAGGGCACCAACGCCGCCAUCACCUACUCCCUGUCCCGCCAAAACCCGGCCUACUUCCACAUCAACCCCAGCACGGGCUGGGUUUUUGUCAAUCACCCCAUCUCGCAGACCUCCCGCAUCAGCCAACAGAUCAUCGCCACAGACGGCAGUAACAGGAGCAGCUCUGUGGAUCUGACAGUUAUCAUCACCAAUGUCCACAACCAGCCGCCCCAGUGGGAACAGGCCGAGUACUGGGUCACCAUCCCCGAAAACACCGUACGGGACACAAAGAUUGUGACCAUAAAGGCAACAUCACCCCUGGGCGACCCCAGGGUCACCUAUAACCUGGAGGAAGGGCAGGUCCCGGAGACCAACAUGCCGGUGCGGUUCUACAUUAAACCCAACCGGGCCGACGGCUCGGCGUCCAUCCUGGUGGCCGAGCCGCUGGACUUUGAGGCCACGCGUUUCUUCACGCUCCGCGUGCGCGUUCAGAAUGUGGCCGCCGUCCCCCUGGCUUCCUUCACCACUGUCUACGUCAACCUCACAGAUGUGAAUGACAACGUUCCCUUCUUCCUGUCCUCCACCUACGAGGCCACGGUGCCAGAGGGGGCGGAAAUUGGGACUUCGGUGGCCCAGGUGUCUGCCACAGACCUGGAUUCAGGCCUCCACGGCAUGAUUAACUACAUCAUUCUGAAGGACGAGAGCGGAGACUCCCAGUUCUUCAGCAUCAACUCCUACUCAGGGGUAAUCCACACACGCGCCACCUUCGACCGAGAGCAGAAAGGCUCCUACCUGAUCGAGGUCCAGUCUCAGGACAGCUCAGAGUCUGCCAGGCCCAGCCAACAGGGACAGCCCAACACAGACACAGCCUACGUGCGGAUCUUCGUCACAGACGUCAACGACAAUGCACCCGCCUUCUCCCAACCCGUGUACGAGAUCAGUGUGGAGGAAGACGAGGAAGUGGGCUUUGUCGUUAUCACGGUUACGGCCAACGACGAAGAUGAAGGAGCCAACGCAAAGCUGCGGUACCAGAUCACCUCAGGAAACGCGGGGGGCGCGUUUGACGUGGAGCCCGAGGUGGGCACCGUCUUCAUCGCCCAGCGGCUGGACUACGAGCAGGAGCAGCGGUACGAGCUGCGCCUGGUGGCCUCCGACGGGAAGUGGGAGAACCAGACGCUGGUGGUCAUCGACGUCAUCAACAAGAACGACGAGGCGCCCAUCUUCACCGAGCCCGAGUAUCACGCCAGCGUCACGGAGGAGCUGACCGACCUGCCUGUCCUAGUGCUGCAGGUCUCAGCCACAGAUCCAGACCAGGAGGCAGACCAGAGCGCCCUCAGGUAUUCGCUUCACGGUCAGGGAGCAGGCAGCGAGUUCACCAUCGAGGAACUGACAGGACGCAUUCACGCUCAGAAGAAGCUGGACCGUGAAGACCGCUCGGUCUGGCGUUUCCUGGUUCUGGCUACGGAUGAAAACGGGGCGGGGCUGACCGGCUUUGCUGAUGUCAUCAUGAACGUGCGCGACGUGAACGACAACGCCCCUGUCUUCCUGUGCGCGGGCGACGGCUGCUUUGUGGGUCACGUGCUGGAGAACUCUCCUGCUGAUACCUCCAUCAUGGAGAUGCGAGCCACUGACUUGGACGACCCCAAAGCCGGGAAGAACGCCGUCCUCACCUACCAGAUCAUUCAGAAUGUCCGGAACGAGAUCAACCUCAAUCUCUUCUCCAUCAACCCCACCACGGGCACCAUCUACACCGUGCUUCGCUCGCUUGACCGGGAGGUGGAGGACCGCUACCUGGUGGUGGUGGAGGCCCAGGACGGCGGGGGACUCUCGGGGACGGGCACCGCCACCAUCGUGGUAUCCGACAUUAACGAUCACGCGCCAGUCUUCACGCAGAAGAUCUACGCGGCCUCUAUGCCAGAGAACCUGGACAUCAACAGCGAGGUGCUGGCGGUGUCAGCCACGGACGGCGACGAGGGCGAGAACGCUGCCAUGACUUUUAGCAUCGUUGGCGGCGACGAGGACCGCAAGUUCUUCAUGGAGACAGACAAGGUCAACCGGCGGGGCGCUAUCCGGCUGAAGAAGAAGAUCGACUUUGAGAAGCCCCACGAGCGCACCUUCAACCUCACUGUCAAAGUGGAAGACGUGGAUUUCUUCAGCCUGGCCUACUGUGUCAUCCAGGUAGAGGAUUCCAAUGACCACGCCCCAGUCUUCUUCCCCCAGUUCUACGAGGCGGGCAGCAUGUUUGAGGACGUCCCCGUCGGUACCAUUGUGGCCCAGGUCACCGCCGUGGACCUGGACUCUGGGCAGAAUGGGAAAUUCGUCUACAGCAUCGCGCCCGAGUCGGACCCCUUCGAGCAGUUCCUGGUGGACAAGAGUGGCUGGGUGGUGGUGGCAGACUCCCUGGACCGGGAGAAGAUCUCGCAGCACCGCCUCAUGGUCCACGCCACCGACAUGGGCAGCCCGGCCCUGACCGGCACUGCCAUCGUCUUGGUGACCGUGCAGGACGUCAAUGACAACGGACCGGAGUUUGAGGCGCCCUACCGCCCGAUGGUGUGGGAGAACGCUGCUGCCCCCCAGGUGGUGCGGAUGAAUGACACGUCUGUCCUGCUGCACGCCGCUGACCGCGACACCGCCCCCAACGGCGGGCCCUUCUCCAUUCGCCUGCAGAUGCUGACCAGCGACGUCACCAACUUCAACCUUACCGACCUGCGGAACGGCAGCGCCCUGGUCACCGCGCUGCGCACCUUCGACCGUGAGCGGCAGAAGGAAUACCUCCUGCCCAUCCUGAUGAUUGACAGCGGGACCCCGCCCAUGAGCUCCACCAGCACGCUGACCAUCACAAUUGGAGACAGGAAUGACCACCCUCAUGCAGCCGGACACUCCGAAUUCAUAGUGUACAGCUACGAAGGCAAUCUUCCAACAACUGUACUUGGACAAGUUCAAUCCCCUGACCUUGACGACUGGAAUGAGAAGGUUUACAGAUUUGAAGGCAAACUCUCCUCCAGGUACUUCAUCCUAAACCAGAACUCAGGUCAACUCAGUGUCAGAGAGGGAACCCCGCCCGGGACGUACAGCCUGCAGAUCCGAGUGACAGACAAGAUCUGGCCAGACAUGACCUCCACCGUAGAGGUCGUCAUCAAGGAGCUGAAGGAGGAGGCGGUGCGGAACGCUGGCUCUGUGCGUUUAUCCAACAUCACAGCAGAGGAGUUUUUCGCUGCUCCAGAGGGGCAGGAGAGCAGGUACACCCGGCUGAAAAGGCUCCUGUCGGAGGUGAUGCAGACGGAAGAGGACAACGUCCACGUGUUCAGUGUGGCCAACAGCAGCCGGCAAGCCCGUGAGCUGAGCGUGUGGUUCGCCGCCCACGGGUCCCCCUACUACAAGCCCGAGAAGCUGACCGGUAACGUGGCCGCGCACAAAGCCAAGCUGGAGGCAGCGCUGGGCGUGUCUAUCGUGCAGGUGGGCGUGGAUGAGUGCGCGUACAGCGACUGCAGCCAGACGGGCGGCUGCACCAGCGCUCUGAGCUUCAGCCACACCCCCACCCCGCUCAGCAGCGGGAACACCUCGCUGGUCUCCCUCUCGGCCUCCAUCAGGGCCCAGUGCGGCUGCUCGGCCCGCGAGAGACCGCACCUCUCCUGCGCUUCCUACCCCGGCAGCCCCUGUCUGAACGGGGGCACCUGCGUCGACAGUGAGCUGGGCUACAGGUGUAAGUGUCCACCCAUGUAUGAUGGACCAGAGUGCCAGCAGACCAAGCACACAUUCCGCGGCUAUGGCUACGCCUGGUUUCCUCCCAUAAGGCCGUGCUUCCAGAGCCACAUCUCGCUGGAGUUCAUAACAGAGACAGCCAAUGGGCUCCUGCUCUACAAUGGCCCCCUGGGGCCACUGAUGCCUGGAGACCAGGAGGACUUCAUCGCCUUGGAGCUGAAGAACGGGGUGCCGGCCCUCAGCAUUAGCCAUGGCUCGGGGACCCUGAUGCUGCAGCUGCCUUCCAGGGCCACAGUUACCGACCGCCGCUGGCACCAGCUCGAUAUAAUCAGCGAUGGCAAGACGGUGCAGCUCGUUCUGGACCGCUGCUCAGGGGCCAUGGUCAACGAGGUGGAGGGCCUGGGGGUGGAGGUGCUGGAGACUGACCAGUCCGUCUGCAAGGUGUCUGGAGAGACUCCUGGCACAGAGAGGUUUCUCAAUGUGAACCAGCCCCUGCAGCUGGGGGGUGUGAAGGAGGUUGUCCCUCACCGUCGGACGCACCCCCAGUUCAAGGGUUUCGUUGGGUGUCUGAGGAAUCUGGUGGUGGACAGCCAGGUGUAUGACUUGGGCAGCCCCGCCGACAGUCUCAACACCGCCCCUGGCUGUGGGCUGACCGACGGCGUGUGUCUGACGGGCGGGGGGCCCUCCUGUGGCGUGAACGGGAAGUGCCUCGGGGAGUGGGGCUCCUUCAGCUGCGACUGUCACCCAGGAUUCAGCGGGCACAAGUGUGACAAAGCCCUUCCCGAGUGGUCCUUUGAGAAGGAGAGCAUGCUGCGCUACCAGCUGAGGGGGGGCGGGAGCCCCCGGCAGACCCACGCCCAGCUGCUCCUCCGAACCCGCGCCUCCUCGGGCACCCUUCUCAGCAUGGCCUCCCGGGACAGUAACGAGUACAUCACGCUGGAGAUCCUGGACGGGCACCUGAGCGUGCGCGCCAACCUGGGCGACGGUGCCCACGCCCUGCGGCUGACCAGCCAGCGCGUGGACGGGGGCCAGUGGGUCCAGCUCAGCCUGCAUCGCCACGACAACCUCUUCACCCUGCGGCUGGAGCAGGGCGGGGGGUCGCGAGAGGUCACCGCCGCCCUGGGCCACAAGCGGGAGAUCGUGGUGCACCCCUCCAGUGUGGUGCUGGGGAACAGCCUCUCCCCUGGCCAGCACGGGGACUUCCAGGGCUGCGUGCGGGACGUGCGGCUGAACGGGCAUUCGCUGCCCCUGGACGGGCAGAGCACGGAGUUCAGCACGGUGCUGGAGCGCCGCGGGGUCCAGGGGGGCUGCCACUCAGACGCCUGCAGCGGACGGCCCUGCCGCAGCCCCCUGUACUGCGUGGACCUGUGGAGGAAGCACGAGUGCAGGUGCCCCGCAGGUCAGAUGACGGUAGCGGAUGAAAUUUCAGGGCUCCAGCGUUGCGCCCCGUCCCCGUGCGGACCCACCACCUGCCGCAACGGGGGCACCUGUGUUGCCCACUCCCCCAAGAGCAUCCAGUGCAGCUGUCUGGAGGGCUUCAGGGGUCAGUGGUGUGAGGUCAGCCAGGUCAAAGCCAUCCGGCUGGCUGCCCUCAGCCCCAGCUCCAUCCUGGCCAUCAGCAUGUGCCUGCUCGUCUUCUUCGCUGUACUGGUGGCUGUGACAGUGUGGAAUCAGAAGGGGAGUCGCAGUAAGUUCCAGAAGAGGGGUGUGUACCACAUCCCUGCGGAGCACGAGAGCUGGGAGGACAUCCGCGAAAACAUCCUCAACUACAACGAGGAGGGAGGCGGGGAGCAGGACCAGAAUGCCUAUGACAUCACAGAGCUGAAGAGGCCCCUGUGCUCCAGCCUGUCGCAGUCCUCAUCCUGCACCACCGCGCCCCUCAUAAAGUCCUCUCAGGGCUCCCAGGAGGAGGUGCACCCCGUGGGGGCGGGGCUGGGGGGCGGGGCCAUGGCUGCCGCCUUCCACCACGGCGCGGCCUGCGUCGCCAGCUGCCCCAUGGACUUCAAGAGCUACGUCUCCAGGAUCAUCUGGGAGGCCGACAACGACGAGCUGGCCUUUCCCAUGGACACCUACCAGGUGUACUGCAUCGAGGGCUCGGGCACGCCGGCCGGCAGCCUCAGCUCCCUGGGCUCGGCCCUUCCUGAGGAAGACUUCAGCUACGAUCGCCUGCGCCAGUGGGGCUCCAAAUUCGAGGCCCUCAGGGAGCUGUACCACAGGCCUGAGCUGGUCCUCACCUACAAGGAUGCCGUCCAGAGCCACGCCUACAACCAGAACCACAGCCAGGACCAGCUCUGAUGACCACAAAGAGUAGCUAGGUCCUCCUGACUUGAGUUAUCGUCAAUGUCCGCGAUGGUUCGCUCCAUUUAAACCUAUUUUUUUUCUCGGGGAGGUAAAAGGGAGGCAGGCAAUGUCAAGAAAGGGAUAAAGAGUGUCUUUCAUCUCAGAGAGCUCAAGCUUCACUUCUGCUUCUGCAACGAAGUCGUAAAAGCUUUAUGUGAGAAAGGGGUGCAUAGGAACCACAGAAACUGGAGAGGCAGGGUGAAGGGGAGGGGGGGUUAUUUAUUGAGUUUUCUCUGUGAAACAUUAAAUGUACUGUAUUUAUUUUAGCCCUGGCGUUUUUAAAUGAACAGGUAAGAGCACUAGUAUCCAACAGCUCCCUUUCUGUAUACUGAAGGAAGUUGUGAUGUAUUUCCUUACAUAGUGGGAACUUGGUGGCUGUUUUGGCUCACCCCCAGAAGGGAAGACUUUGAUGGUAUCUUUUUAUUUUUCUGUUAUGUUGUAUAUGCCUUUUUUAGAUACUGUUAUGGUCAAGGCUGAUUUUUGAUGUUUAAGAGUAACUUUGAUAAGUCCACAAUGACUUUUUUUUAGAGGUAUGACUCUCUACAUGUUGUAUGUAAUGUGAGAGAAAGAAGAUAAUGGUCUGUUGGUCUGUGAGACAGACAGGCAGACAGAAAGAUACCACUGCUCCAGGGUAGCCAUUUCAGGUGUCUGCUAUAAUCCACAGUCCUUCAGAAAGGAAAUGAUAGAGCUCCCCUCAUUGGAGCUAGAAGAGGCCUCUCCAGGCAAACUGUGUAAGCUCACCUUUUUAAAUCCGGUUCCAAUUGCACUAGUAGAGGCUGCUCUAUCUCCUCUAUAGCACUGCUGAACCCAUUUGCCAAAAAUACAAACUUAAAAAUGCUGAUCGGGAGGAAAGAGCAUCUUAGUGAAGCUUUACAUGUGCCAGUACGUAGGGGGAAUACUUUGCUCAGCAUUACUAAUGUGUACUAUAAAGUGUGACAAGUAUGUGAAUUAUUUUUUUACUCCAAUCUGUCCACCCCUGGUUGUACACUGUGCUGAUGUUUUUAAGGCUAUAUGUGUCUGUUUCGUUCUUUUCUGUGAUUGGUUGUUUGAGAUGCCAAUCAUUUUGUACAUUUCCGAAGCCACGCCCUCUUUGACAGGCACAUUCAUCUUCCGGGAUGCAGUUCAUUGUGUAAAAUGUUGCAGGGCACUUGGCAGAGGUAGUCUUGGCACUGUUAAAUCCAGAGGCAGAGAUGUACGCAGCCUGUUCACAGCAUGUCAGAGUAUAUCCAAGCUCUCCCUGCCACCAGUACCUCUGCAAAAGGAUUACCCUGCUAUUUUCUUUUGAACACUUGCCUGAUGUCCUAAUGAAGUGGAUAGAAUGUAACACAACGGAAGAAGAAGAGGAGGUCUGUCUCACUAAAGAGAGUGGCCAGAGGGAAGAGCAUUACCAAAAUGGGUCCCUCACACCAGAAUAGAAGUGCCCGGGAGGGGAUGCUUGCAAUGCGGAAAAAGCAAUCAUGGAAGAAAUGUAUUCACUGAUAUAUGUGUUCAACAAUCAAAUCCUUAUAGGUAUAUUUUUGUUGACUUAAAAAAGGCAAAAUGCUACAACUAUCUGCCGAAAAUAUUUUCAUGAUAUAUUUUUAUUGCAAAAUGAAUCCAGUGUGACUCUUGCUAAAAAAAAAGAAAAAAAAAAGAAAUGUGAAAUGUUGUCCUUUAACUUGGGAGAGCAUUAGGCAAACAUUUUUGCCUGAACUGAAGACCAGGCAUGCAUAAUAUUGUGCUGUCUCCAGUAAAAAAACAACAAAAAAAAAAUCCCACUAUGUAAGGUUAUAACGACACCUUCAGUUCUUGAGGGGAAACAGUCAAUUCAUCAUGCAGUCAAACUGUAAUUCCUUGAAAGGAAACGAAAGCUGUUAACUUCAAGACCACUUCAUAUCUCCAGUGUUUCUGAAUAAAAGAUGGUGAGCAAGCUGUUGCACUUUCCAUCACCCAUCAUAGUAAUGUGAGGCAGUAACAUCACUGCACCGUAAUGCAUGUUGUGUAUGUAAGAUGUAGUGCGGUAUCGAUGACACGGUGACUUUGUGGUGACACCUUCCCAUCCAGUGACUGUUGUCUCUCAUUCCCUUCAGGACAGCUCCGGUCCCUGUAUAUACUGUACAUACUCCUGUUUAUAGCAACCUAACAUCCUUUUGUAUAUGAAUUUUAAUAAAAAGAUUAUCCUCAAGGCA